AUGCUUCCACAAAGUCUGGCUGUUGUUCUUUUAUUUGCCUAUGAAAUAAAUCAAAUCUACGCGUUGGCGUUGACCAGCCUGAUCCCGAAUUACACGGACUGCCCGCAGGGCCGGCGCUUCGUCGUCGGCUACAUUAUGUACUUGUGCACGGUGAAUGAGGAGAAGAAGCAGAGGAGCUUCAAGCCGUUCGGUAAGGGGAGUUCAGAAAGUACAUAUUUGUGCAAAGAAUCAUCACGAAAAAGUGGAGAGACUAUGCAAAAUGAGGAGAGACGGCCGCAAAAGCGUCUCGAACCAAGGCUCGUUACAUUCGCAUUUUAUUUUGAAAAAUUACUCAUUAUUUUCCCGACAGGCUCAUAUCAGUCUGUCGGGAAAAUAACGUGGACUUGUCGCAGCGAAAUGUCUCUCCUCGUCGCUGUCGCAAAAUUCGUUUACUCGGCGGCGAUGCGAUCUUCGAUGCGACAGAGUGCUCAUUAUUUUCCCGACAAACAGAUAUUAGUAUUUUCAUAAAGUGCAUGGACAUUCUUUUCAUGGUGCGAAAAUCUAGGAUUUUUAUGGCACGGACCUGGACAAAUGUCCAUGCACUUUAUGAAAAUGCUAAUAUCAGUUUGUCAGGAAAAUAAUGGGCACUCUGUCGCAUCGAAAACCGCAUCGCCGCCGAGAAAAUGAAUUGUGUCGCGGUGAAAAUCAAAUUUCCCUUCAGCGACACAGUGCUCAUUAUUUUCCCGACAGACUGAUAACAUGAUUAUUUCUAUCGUAUAUUUUCAGCCUGCGCCACCGAGAACAAUGUGAAUGCGACGUUGAUCAAGCCGUCCACCACUUGGAAUGACCUCCAUUUUCGCUACAAAUGCGAGAAAGAGGACAACAAACUGACCUUGAAGCCAUUGAGUAAGUGAAUUUCAUUUCUUAUAUUAGUAUUUUCAUAAAUUGCAUGGACGUUUUUUUCGCUAAAAAAACUUCCAUUCCAGCCUGCCUUCUGAGCGACGUUCACGUCACCGCGGGCACAACGAUUCGUCGGGCCGAGACCGAGUACAAAUGCGUCCUGGACAACGAGGUCUACAUGAAGCUGAUUCAGAAGCGGAGUAGGUCGCGUUUUUUCGCGCUGUAUAUGCAUUUCCAGUGCUCCACGACUUUUGCAUGCCCGGAAAUCAGAACGACAGCUUGCUGGAGAACGAUCAGUGCCCCGGCCUGUCGAUCAGCGCGAUCCACGCCAAGUAUGGGAGUGGGACGGCGGUUACGUUCGACGAGAAGACGAUUGUGGAGGAUGACAAUUCUUCUGCCGCAACAACAACUAGAUAA